UUUGGCGCUAAAAAAAAAAAAAAAAAGAGAGAGAGAGACAGAAAAGAAAAAAGAAACCGAGAAAGGCUGGGGACCAGAGAGCGAUCAGAGAGCGACUCGGGGCCGUGAGGUUCCCUCCACUGUCCGAGCGCAUCGCGUCUCUGCUAAGCUCGCGGGCUCCGGGGACCCUUCCUCAGAUCGGUCGGGCCGGACCCCAGCGCCCAGGCGCUCGGGCCGCGGGCCGUUUUCGGGGAGAACACCCCCUGGCAGUGCCACUGCCCGCCAGGCGAUCUCCAAGCACUGCUUGGCUCGGCCGCGGGCCAGGAGGGGAGGGUCCGGUCGUGCCCCGCAAGCGUCCAUUGGCGGCUUUCCCGGGCCUCCGCGCCAUGCCGCCGGCCGCGUGAGCCGCUGCAGGCUCCAAAGCCCGCAAGUGCCAGCAGGAGCGCCAGGCCAGCUUGGGUGGGGGUCGCCGCAGUCGCCAUGCUGCGCGGGCCCCGGGCCCUGGCCCCAGCCGUUACGCAGCCCCCCAAGGGGGUGCCCGCUUUGAGUCCCACUGAGCUGUGGCCGCCCGGCCUUGGCAGCCCCCAGCUCUGCCCAGCCACCACCACCUACUACACCUCGCUGUUCCCGCAGACGGUGCCUCCCGCUGCAGCGCCGGGCACCUGCCUCGACGCCACCCCCCACGGACCUGACGGCCAAGCUGUGCGCUGCGUGCCGGCCGGCCGGCUGCCGGCCAAAAGGAAGCUGGAUCUGGAGAGUAUCGGGAGGCCUGCAGUCCCUGAAUUCCGGACUCCCAAGGGGAAGGGCUUCCGAGUGGACGGCCUUCCUAGCCCCAAAACACCCAAGUCCCCUGGAGAGAAGACUCGGUAUGACACAUCGCUGGGGCUGCUCACCAAGAAGUUCAUUUACCUCCUGAGCGAGUCAGAGGAUGGGGUCCUGGACCUGAACUGGGCAGCUGAGGUGCUAGAUGUGCAGAAGCGUCGCAUCUAUGACAUCACCAAUGUACUGGAGGGCAUCCAGCUCAUCCGCAAGAAGUCCAAGAACAACAUCCAGUGGGUAGGAAGGGGACUAUUUGAAGACCCCACCAGGCCUGUGAAGCAGCAACAGCUGGGACAGGAGCUGAAGGAUCUGACAAGCACCGAGCAGGCCUUGGACCAGCUCAUCCAGAGCUGUUCCCUCAGCUUCAAGCACCUGACCGAGGAUACAGCCAACAAGAGGCUGGCCUAUGUGACUUACCAAGACAUCCGCGCCAUGGGCAACUUUAAGGAGCAGACGGUGAUCGCUGUCAAGGCCCCUCCACAGACAAGACUGGAAGUGCCAGACAAAGCUGAGGAGAACCUGCAGAUAUAUCUGAAGAGCACCCAGGGGCCCAUUGAAGUCUACCUGUGCCCGGAGGAGGUGCAGGAGCCUGACAGUCCAGCCGAGGAGCCUCUCCCUUCCACCUCCCCCCUCAGCCCCAGCCCUGACUGCACCCUGCCUACCACCAGCGCCGACCCUGGGGUCUCAGAGCCUGCAGCCUCCUCAGCGCCAGCGCCAACUCCCCGGCAGGACCCACUGCCACCGCCACCACCACCAUCCCUCAUCCCUUUGGAGGCCACUGACAGUAUGCUGGAGCUGACACAUCCCCUUCUACAGCAGACUGAGGACCAGUUCCUGUCUCCAACCCUGCCCUGCAACUCCCCUCUGAUCAGCUUCUCCCCACCUCUGGACCAGGACGACUACCUGUGGGGCCUGGACAGCGGUGAGGGCGUCAGUGACCUCUUUGACUCCUAUGACCUCGGGGACCUGCUGAUUAAUUGAGCAGCUUCGCCUGCCCCUAGAAGCGCCACACCUGUCUCUACCUCCUCACAGACACACUGACAGGCCCUCUGCCCACAUGGGAACAUUGGACACAGGGUGCCACCCUCAGGGCAUGUCGGUCUUCUCUCCUUCCCAACCUCCCUGCCAGCAGGUGUCUGGGAGAUAUGGAGGAUGUGGGUGAGGAGGGUAUCAGGGGCUGGGUCCUGUCCUUCCUCUUCUGACCUCUGACCUCUCACAUGAAGGACUAUAGGUACAGGUGACUAGGUUUAGGGAAAGGCCCUGCCACCUCCUUCUGAGAGGUAAUUAGGACCCUUGAUUUCUCAAGAAGCACUUAAUGCCCUUGUAUUUAUUUCAGGUUGAGUUUUGUUUGUUUGUCCUCCCUGAGUUUUAGCAGGGAGAGUGUUCUAGUUUCUACAAGACUUCUCAGUCAGGCCUAGGCCAACUCCCCGGUUUCCCCUCAGUGGUGGAGACUGGGUUUCUGAGGGGUUGUCCAGUUUUUUGGAAUGCUAAUUGCACUUAGGGCUUAUAAUUCUAGUAAGUGCCAAGCCCUCAGAUCCCUGCCUACUCUCAGCCUGACAUACCCAGCUGAAGUGUCAGCCCAGAGAAGGUUCUAGUAGCCAUCCUGGGGCAGGCAGCAUUGAGGCUUCUGAAGAAACAGGAGCAGUCAAUUAAGGAGUCCUGCUUCCUAUGGAAUUCUUCCCUCUCCUCGUAGAACGUAAAAGCUCUAGGGAGACAAGACUCUAGGGAAUCAGAUAAGAACCUCCCCGAGGAAACAGAUAGGAAUGUGGAGGCAGCUGUCAUGGCUGCCACCGGCUCCUUUCCUCAGAGUUCCUCCCAGAUCAAGGAAAAGCAGAGGCAAUUCUACCUAAACAGAGGAAUGAAGUGAAAACAGGAAGCCUCAGGAAGGAUCCCCAGGAACUGCUGGUAUCUCCUCCCUUUCCUUCCUCCUCCACUUCCCCCCCUCCUCCUCCUCUUUUUUUUUUUUUUUAAACUGGGGAUUGAACCCAGGGCCUUCAUGCAGAGCUACAUCUCCAGCCCUUUUUAUGUUUUGAGACAGGGUCUUGAUAAAUUGCCCAGGCAGGGUUGGAAGUUGCAGUCCUCCUGCCUCAGCUUCCCAGAGUGCUGGAAUCACAGGCAUGUGUCACCCUGCCUGACUGAUUCUUUAAGGGCCUCUGUUUCCCCACCAACUGUCACACAGACCUCCAAGGACAGAGGUGACCAGGGCUUGGUGGCAUGUUUACUCAUUUUGUCACUGGAAUGCUGAAGGGGUGACAGGAAAGGGCCUUUACUGUGGACCAGGCUUCCACAACUGAUGAAGAAAGAGAUGGGCUGGUGUUGCCUCAGGCCCUCAGGCCCUCAGGCCUGAGGAGGUCUUUUGUCUCCACCCUGUUCCUCCAGAGACUUGGCCAUUCCACACAUUCCCCACCCCACCUGGGAUGGCUGAUUCAAGGCUGUGCCUUCUGUAGAGGGGCACCCAAGGCUGAGGGUCUGAGAGGCCUUCCACCCACCCUCAGGGAGCAGGGGUUCCUCAGGGGCUCAGCUGGGCAGCACUUUUUUUUCUUUAAAUUUGUAGCAUUAAGUUGAUUUAAAGUAUGAAGUUGGCUUCUUAGGGUUGUUCCUGAGCUGGCUGUCUGGGUGUGAAGUCGGGAAGGUGGGCUUACCUGGGUGUGGGACCCAAUGUAAGCUGAUGCCCAGCUGGGGGCAGUCUGGUCUUGCCUGUGGCUCGCCUGCCUGGGGUCUCACAUUGGCUCCUCCCAGGAGGGGGAGCAGCCCACAGAUGCCCCCACUCUUGUUUUGUGUGCCUGACUCCACCCCUAAACACUCUCAGGUCUCCUCAGAAGCCCACCCUCCCAGAAGUCCAGCGUCCUCAGGACCAAAGGCGCCACCUUGGCCCUUGGGUGGGAACAGGGGUGCUGCAAGCAACGUGGUUUGGAGCAAGUGGGGCUAAAGGUGGCAGUGCUGUUUCGAGAUCUCCACUGGCCUAACUUUUAGCCUUGUACCAAUCCCCCUGCCCCACCCCAACCCCCCGUAUGGAGAAUCAAACUCAGGACCUUGCACUUGCAAGGCAGGCACAGUGCUACUGAGCUAAAUCCCUGGCCCUCACCUUGUACCAAUUCUGAGGACGGAGACACUUGACCUCCAUGCCUUGGGCUCUGACUGGAGCUUUCUCCCAGAAUUAAAUUGGAGAGGAGUGAAGAGGCCCUCAGGACCCAUCAGGAAUGAGUUAAUGCUAAGUCUGCCUGGAAUUUGAGCUCGUUUCCCAGUGGCCCAGCCAGAGGGCUGGACAGAGGGCCUUCCUGAGCAGCUGCCCCUGCUCAUCCUGUCCUGUCCCCUUCGCACCCUGCCUGGCCAAGGGGCUGGACCUCCCAGACUAAGCCCCAGGCUCAGUGUGGGAAAUAACCUUGUGCCUCCUUCUUGCCAGUAACACUUGAAACCUCCCCCGCCUUUUUUUUUUUUAAAACAGCACUGGGGAUUGAAUCCAGGGUCUUCACACUGAGUUACAUUCCCAGCCCUUUUUAUUUUUUUUUAAUUUUGAGACAGGGUCUCACUAAGUUGCCUAAUCAGGACUUGAACUUGGGAUACUCCCGCCUCAGUUUCCCAGGGUGAUAGGGUUAUAGACCUGUGCUACUUCAACAGUCUAAAACCUCCCCAUAUCGGUAGAGUGCUUUAAGAACACCAUUUUGAAUGGUAUUUCCUCUGGGGGCCACAGAAACUUUAAAACUAAGUCAGGAGAAAAGCCUGUUUCUGUGGUUGGUGAUUUCUACCAGGAAAUUUCUCAGUCCCGCUAGUGAUCCCCAAGUCACUCAUGUCCUCAGGGACAUCAAAGGCUCGGGACCCCAGGGAACUGGGUAGCAUUAAAUUGUUAGUAAAGUUGGGAAUUCAGAGAUUUCUUACUACUGAAGGUGUCAGGACACGUCUUUCUCCACCUAAUGUGGUCCGCUAGCAUGGGUGCAAGGGAAGAGGGAGCCUUGCUUUAGGGUGACUUGACUUUGUUUCCCCUCCCGAGCAUUCUCAGCCUCCGUUCUGCAGUGUUUGGUGUUGCCGAGAGUUUGGGUGCUCUGGUGUCUGAGUGUUGAGCAGCUUAGUGGAUUUAAAGUGAAAGCCUCUGGGCUCUUUGAACAGCUUUCUGGUUCUUGUUGCAUCCUGAGGUCUCAGCAUCAGAGACGCUGUAUUUCCGUGUGGCCCUCAGUGACCAUGGAGGCCACAA